AUGUGGGAGUUAUUCACUUCACCCACUCCAAAAUUAGAGGUCAAUUUACAGGAUGUGGAAAAAUGCUUGAAGAAACUUUAAAGGAAAUAAAAGAAGGUACAACAAAAAUAGAUGACAUUCCUAGAAUAAAAGUAAUAUUUGAUGGAAACAGAUAUUAUUCUAUGA